AUGUCUUUUGAACAAACCUUUACUCCUAUAGAAGUUAUGCAAGAGAAUUUGGCAGUCUCAAACGCAAAUGAGUCUAACGUUGUUGCUUCAAAUGGUCCGAAUGUAGAAAUUAAUUCAACUCCUAAUGAAAUUGAAAGUCCUAUUUCAUGUGAAGUUGACACUGAAGGUCUUAAAAGAAAGUUAACUUCUGAAGUUUGGAACCAUUUCAAAAGGCAAAAAAUAGAUGGAAAGUUGAAGGCCAUUUGUAACUAUUAUGGUGCAAAACUCUUGGGUGUUCCAAAACAAGGAACGUCACACUUAAAAUCACACAUUAAGUCUUGUCCACGUCGAACAAAUCGAGAUAUAAAGCAAGCUUUGAUAAAAACUGAACAAGUUGAUGGUCAAACUGUAAUGGUAGGUUCUUAUGCAUUUAACCAAGACAUAGCAAGGUAUGGUGUUGCUAAGAUGAUAAUUCUUCAUGAGUAUCCUCUAGCAAUCGUUGAACACAUUGGUUUUAGAGAAUUUUUUGCUUCUAUGCAACCUCUAUUUAAGGUGGUUUCUCGUAACACUAUCAAGAAUGACAUCAUGAAAAUUUAUAACGAUGAGAAAGAGAAUACCAUGAAGUUGUUGUCAAAGAAUCAAAGUCGUAUUGCAAUCACCAGUGAUAUGUGGACUUCAAGUAACCAGAAUAAAGGCUAUAUGACAGUUACAGCUCACUUUAUUGAUGAUUCAUGGACCCUUCAAAGUCGACUUGUAAGGUUCAUUUAUGUGCCUGCUCCUCAUACUAGCAAAACUCUAGCUGAUACCUUGAUUCAAUCUUUGAUGGAUUGGAACCUAGAUACAAAGUUGUCCACAAUGACUGUUGAUAAUUGUUCUACGAAUGAUGCUAUGGUUGAACGCAUUUUAAAUAAGAUUACACCUAGAACUAGGUGGAAUUCUACAUUCUUAAUGCUUAAUGUUGCCAUACAAUAUAAAGAUGUGUUUGGUCGAUUGGCAAAACGAGAUACUCAAUAUAAAACCUUGCCUAGUGAAAAUAAAUGGAUGAAAGAAAAAGAAAUUUGUGAAAGGUUGGAAGUUUUUUAUGAUGUUACACAACUAUUUUCUGGUACCAAGUAUCCAACUGCAAAUGUUUAUUUUCCCAAAGUAUGUGAAAUGAAAUUGGCUUUAGUUGAAUGGCUUAGUUCUACUGAUUGUGUCAUUAAAGACAUGGCUUCAAGUAUGCUUUCUAAGUUUGACAAAUAUUGGAAGGUGGUCAAUGGAGUGAUGGCAAUAGGCAUUAUGUUAGAUCCAAGGUACAAAGUUGAUUUGUUAGAUUACUUUUUUCCUCUAAUUUAUGGAGAUGAAGCUGAUAAUGAAAUUGAGAAGGUAAAAUCUUUGUUUCAAAAUAUGGUAAUUGAGUAUAAUUUGAAAAUAAAGGAGAAAGAGAAUGUUUCUUCAUCCUCAAAUCAAACUCAAAUUGUGUCUGAUGCAAUUGUUGUUGGCAAAAAAGAAGCUUGGAGGUCUAAUUUUGCAAAACAUGUCAGUGCAAAAAAAAGUGUCAUGUCUAGUAGGUCAGAAUUUGACGGAUAUAUAGAGGAGAAAGUGUUACCGGAUGAUGAAAAUUUUGACAUCUUAGGUUGGUGGAAGGUUAGUGGAUUAAAAUAUCCAAUCUUGAAAAUGAUUGCAAGGGACUUCUUAGCAAUUCCUAUUUCAACGGUUGCUUCCGAGUCUUCUUUUAGCACAAGUGGUCGGGUUCUUACUCCUCAUCAUAGUAGAUUGCGUUCCGAUACUUUAGAGGCAUUGAUGUGUGUCCAAGAUUGGCUAUGGACUGAUGUGAAAGGUUAUACCAAAUCAAAAGUUGAGGUUAUUGAAAUUAAUUCAGUAUUGGAAGAUAUGGAUGCUGACAUUAUUAGUGAAUGA